UGCUGUUGUUGCGAUGUAAAAGGUUUGCAUGUCGGGCGGGUCGAAUAGAUGAUGUAGAAGUCGAAACUACGACAAUUUUUAUCAUUCAUACCCGUGAAAUACGUUACACGACAAAAGGUAUUAACAGAACAACAAAAUGAUGUCUGACAGAAAAGCAGAACUUGAAAGAAAGAAAGCCAAGCUUCAGGCAAUUAGAGAGGAAAAAGAAAGGCGUAGAAGAGAAAAAGAACAGAAAGAUGUUGAAGAGGCUACAGUUCGUGCUGCGGGAACAGAUAAAGACCACCGAAAAGAAUUAGAUGCUAUGCUUUCUUCUUUGGGCGUAGCACCAGUGUCAGAUGUAUUAUCCAGUUUAUCUAGUAUGAAUUCUUUGACUCCAGAACAAAGUGCUAAUGCUACUCCUGAUGCUAGUUUACAACCAUCUAGUAUAAAUUCUGCUCAAAGCAGCAGUACUAGGAAGAAGAAUCGUGAACUAACAAUUGUUUCUGUGGCACAUACCAAUAUUCCACCAAAGGAACCAGUGGUUUAUACUAAACAAACACAAACCAUUCAGACAUCCCACACAUCUCACGACGGACUGUCCGCAUCUUCUUCUGCAUACACCAUCUACUCCUCCUGUUCAACAACAACACCAACUCACUCUUACUCCGCAGGCUACUUUGAGACUGACUGGUGGCGUCCCAGGAAAGGUGGGUCUGCACCAAACUACUUAUCUCAUGCAUUCGACUAUUACGACGAGUACAAUCUAAAUCCUGGUUUAGAAUGGGAGGACGAAUUUACAGUUUUGACAUUUGAUGAUGGCCAAGCCGAAGAUGAAGAGAACAGUUUGCCGCAUAUGGACGGUUUCCAAAGCAAGCUUCCACCUGGAAUUCUUCCCCAUGGUUUGCCACAGGUUAAGGAAGUACAGCCAGCUGUUACACAAGUGGAGCAAGAUAAAGAAAAAGAGAAGCCCAAAGAAGUUCAAGAACUAAGCGAAGAACAAAAACAGAUGAUUAUACUUUCUGAAGACUUUCAACGAUUCCUUAAUCGUACUGGUAGAAUUGUGGAAAGAGCAUUAGGAGAAUCCGUUAAUAUUUAUAGCGAUUACACUGGUACUAUGGAUGGCGAAGAUGGAAUGGACGAAAAGAGUCAUCAACGUAUAUCGUUGAACCGAUGGUUUUUCUGUGAUCGAUGGUCUCGUAAUCGUUGUGUGACCUCGAUGGACUGGUCACCUCAGUUUCCAGAACUCCUUGCAGCCUCCUAUAAUAAUAAUGAUGACACUCCAAAUGAUCCCGAUGGAGUGUGUUUAGUUUGGAACACAAAAUUCAAGAAAACGACUCCAGAGUUUAUUUUUCAUUGUCAGUCUCCAGUUAUGUCGACCACGUUUGCAAGAUUUCAUCCUAAUUUAAUCAUAGGGGGUACUUACUCCGGACAGAUUGUUCUCUGGGAUAAUAGAGUGCAAAAGAGAACUCCCAUUCAACGUACUCCACUGUCAGCAAGCGCACACACUCAUCCUGUGUACUGUUUAAACGUUGUUGGAGUACAAAACGCGCACAAUUUGAUAAGCAUAUCAACUGAUGGUAAAUUGUGCUCUUGGAGUUUAGACAUGCUGUCACAACCGCACGAGAUAUUAGAACUUCACAGUAAACAAGCGAAACCGAUUGCCGCUACCUGUUUAGCAUUCCCUCCUGGCGAAGUAAAUAACUUCGCUGUAGGUAGUGAAGAUGGAAACGUUUACUCCGCUUGUCGUCACGGUGCGAAAGCUGGAGUGUUAGAGACUUACGAAGGUCAUCAAGGUCCGAUUACUGGAAUUUGUGCACAUGGUGUACAAGGUGGGAUUGAUUUCUCGCAUCUAUUUUUAACAUCGUCCAUCGACUGGACAAUCAAACUUUGGAGCCUUAAAGAGAACAAAUGUCUAUACUCUUUCGAACACAAUGGCGAUUACGUUUAUGACGUUGCGUGGUCGCCAACCCAUCCAGCUCUGUUUGCUGCUGUGGACGAUUCAGGACGAUUAGAUCUGUGGAAUCUCAACCAAGAUACUGAAGUGCCUACAGCUAGUGUUGUGAUCGAUGGUUCCCCGGCUCUUAACAGAGUUUCGUGGACACCGAGUGGCUUACACGUAACCGUUGGUGAUGAUUCAGGAAAGAUUUGGGUAUAUGAUGUUGCUGAGCAUUUAGCACAUCCGAGAAUCGACGAAUGGAAUAAAUUUUUGUACACCUACCAAGAGUUGAAACACAACAAAGCAGACGAAGAAUUGCAUAAACUUAAUUUAAGUGAACUUAAUUUUUUCACUUCCAGACCUUCACCAAUAGUGACAUGUCUUCUGAGAUAAAGGUAUAAUUUACUCUACAAAAUUAUUGCUAAGUCGGCUUAAAUACUUCAAAUUUUUAAAUCAACUGAAAUUAAAACACCUAUAAUCCAAAAAAAAGAAUCUUACAUGAAACGAAAAACAGUAUAUCGCACUAAGUAUAAUUUAUAGGUGCAAUCUUAACUAGAACACCUUUAUCCUGUAUAAUAUUAUUGAAGAACAAAACAGAUGUAUUUGUACUAUGUUCGUUCGUAAUCGCUGUGCAUUCAAACGGCUAUAAAUUUAACGUGUCCAAUAGAAUUAAUAUCUUUAUUGGACAACUUUAACUCAGUAGAUUAUUAAGGAUGUGUGCAACAUAUCUAUGCAUGUAAAUAAUACAUUUAUGAGGCACGGUUUAACUCGUCAUAGUGCAGAAAACCAGAAAGUAAUUAGAAAAAAUUUGACGUAAUCAGGUAAAUCGUAACAUGCAUCAGAUAAAUUGAUACAUAAUGUUUUAUCUCCGGAUUUCUUCAAGAUAAUUUAUAUAUUAUUUCCAGAAUUAAUUUUCAGAAACAUAUGUCGUUUUCGCGCUAAUAUUCUCAUCUAACGUAUUGAAAGUAAC